AUGGACUUUGUCCCCGUCAGCAUGGCACGCUUUGGGGAUGAAGUACCGGCCCGUGGCGGAGGUGGCGCAGGACGCGGAAGCCGGCAGGGCGGGCCCCCAGGGGCCCAGCGGAUCUACAAACAGUCAAUGGCACAGAGGGCCCGCACCAUGGCACUAUACAACCCUAUCCCUGUGCGGCAGAACUGCUUUACUGUCAAUCGUUCACUCUUCCUCUUCAGCGAAGACAACGUGGUGAGGAAAUACGCCAAAAAAAUCACCGAAUGGCCAUAUCCUUUUACUGUGUAG